AGUCUAAAAACCUCAAGUAAAACAGUAAACAAACAUUUUGAGUUUCAAUUCAAUUUUUUAAGUGUUUAUCGUCAAUAUAAAUUGACAAAUAUUGUGUAUUUUUUAUUUAAUCGGGAGAAAUGAAGAGGGGACAUAUAGAAAGCUGGACUACACUCGAAAAAUACAUACUCGUUUCUCACAUUCCUCAUUCAGGGGAUCCGAACUGGGGAAAUAUCAGUUUUAAGACGAAAAAUGUAUAUGAAGAUAUUGCAGGAUACAUUAAUGAAGAGAAGAGGCCGAGUGAUUGGUUCAUUGAAAAACAGUGCCUCUGGCAGUACGAAAAUCUCUUGAAAAAUGUACCGAGAAAAAAAAGAAGAACAGAUAAAGCUGUCGAAUAUGGAGACAAUUUGCAAGAAAGCCUGGUUCAAAGUUUGAAACAAGAAUUAAUUACAGAAUAUAGUAAAAAAUUGGCUGAGGAGCAGGCUCAGUAUGCUAAAUUGUUCAAAGAACGUGAGGAAAUUCUGGCCGGCCGGCUCGAUCACAGGCUGGAAGAGAUGAUCGGGACGAUUGAAGCGAAGGAAAGGGAGAAAGAGAUAAAAAUGAAACUUAAGUUUAAAAUAGGGGAGAAAAAUUUAGAUUUAGAAGUUAAAAAAGAAGGCGAAACAAGGGUGUUGAACGAAACUCCUCACACGGAGCCGGCGAAAUCUGUCACAACAUCGCCUUUGCUGACGAGCCUCCUUCAAAGUCCUUCGCCUUUAACUCGUCCCUCAAUGCCAUCGACAGCAUCACCCACGAUAUCUUUAUUGUUAAACUCUUCACCGCCGGUGCCUUCAAAAGAUUCUCCUACUUUAACGAAAUUGCUAGAGUCUUCGUCUAUUAGCCUACCUCAGCCAUCGACGAGCUCUCUAAUUUCACAAAGUCCCAUUAGCUCAUCCACUCCACCUGUUAAAUAUCCUUCUUCUGAAAAUCCUGUUCAUACACUUUCAACACCAUUGGAAACUCUUCUAUCGACACCGACAAAAGUAGUAGCAAGAGAGAAAUUGCCAGAAGUAAAUGUACAGAGCGUGACUUUGGCACAAAAUGAACCAGACAUUGAAAUGACAGAAUCAAAAAAUGUCAUGGACGAUAUUAUUGAAAGCGUUGUUGAAUCAGAAAUAAUCAUAGAACAAGUAGAACAUAAAGAAAAUGAUAGAAAGAGACCAAUUCCAAGAAGAUUGGACAUGGAGCAAUUGGCCACAGUCGGUACUGAAGAGGAAGUGAUAGUCACCGUCGAGCAGAUAAUAGAAAAAGUAGAAGAGGCCAUUAUUGAAACAGUCGGUGAAUCGUCGGAAAUAUGUGAAAUCGAUUUGAAUCAGACUAUUGAAUCCGAGACUCUCGAUGAUCAACUUGACUGCCUCGAUCUUGAUCAUGAUGCUGUUGAAUUGAUCGUAAUGGGACCAAAUCAAGGACCGGUCAUAGCUGUCCGUCAUGAUACUUCUUCUGAGACGAAUAAUGAUGACUCUAGUAAAUCUGAGGAUGUAAAACCUGAUUCUGUUGCUGAAGUUGACAGUAUUGUUGACGAAGAAAGUAUUACAUUUAGUAGUGCACAGAAAGAGAAAUUGCUUGAGCCUGAAGAAGAAGUGGAAGAAGAAGCUGCAGAAAUCAACAUCGAAGGUGAAAAUAAACAAGUCUCAAGUGAACAAGUGAAGGAAAUCCAGGAGGAAGAAAAAACAGAAAUUUCCACCCCUGCCUCAGAAGUGAAAGUAGAAACUGAAGAGGAAAAUUCAAAAUCGUCUGAGUUGACAGACAACAAAGAUACAAAGGAUGAAGAAGAAGAUGAGGAAAAAUUGGAGGCCUUGCCUAAAAAAGAACCCGCAUCUCCUGUAGAGCUCACUGAUACGACUUCGAACGAUAUAUCCGAGCCGAAAUCGACCUAUUCCAGUAACGAAGACGAUAAAAUAAGCAACGACGACAGCCAGAGCCAACCAGAAAGUAUAACACAAAAGUCUACUGAAAAACAACAAACUAAGAAACACAAGUCUGAAUCUCUUGAGACUGUGAAGGAACAAGAACAAUCAAAACCAAAUAAAGCAGAAGCACGAAUAAAAGCAUUGCUGGAUAUGCCUAUGACGCCAGAGAGUCGUGAAGGCAAAGAGGAAGGUGGCGAAAAGAGGCGAGUAUCAAGAAAACGCCAUUCGCUAACAAUAUCAGAUUCAAAACCGAGCAGCCCGUCGCCGUCUACUGUUUCAAACGAUGACGACAGAGAUUACAAAUCGUGGAAGAAAUCAAUAUUACUGGUUUAUAACAGGCUUGCUGCACACAAAUUCGCCUCUGUAUUUCUUAAGCCCAUUACCGAGGCUGAAGCAACUGGCUAUCACAGUGUCAUAUUAAAGCCAAUUGAUCUCACAACAAUAAAACGAAACAUUGAAAAUGGUACAAUCAGGACGACAGUCGAAUUUCAACGUGAUAUGCUUCUCAUGGUGCAGAACGCCGUAAUGUACAACAAAUCUGACACUCAAGUCCACAAAAUGGCGCAGACCAUGUUGGAAGACAUGCUGGCCCAAAUGGAGGUCAUGGUCCAAGCGCUCGGGGACGGCGUCCCUCUGGGUAGGGAGACUGAAGAGAAAUCGUUGACUCGUGGCCGAGCUUCCAAAGCGGCGCCUGAAGAGACGCCGAAACGCAAGAGGAACACGACUAGUGAUGAUACACCGAGGCCAAAAAGAAAGAGGUCCGACAUGCCUUCUUAACUAAAAAACAAUCAGAAAGUAAUUGUACCUGGAUAUUAAUUUGUAAAUAAUCAAUUUCUGAAAUUUUAAACAUUCUGUAAUAAAAUAACCGCUUAUUUAAUCAAACAA